GGGGAGGGCCUGGCAGGCCGUCAUGGCGGCGCUUGCGGUGAGCGCGGAGGGCCCAUGAGGAGGCGGCCCGCACCCGCUCGGCGCUCUCGGUGGUAGGGCCGGCAGGCAGGGCGGCGGCGGCGCCUCCGCUGCCGCUCCUCCCCGCGUUGCCCAGGCCAUGGCGGGCGUCUUCGAUAUCGACCUGGACCAGCCCGAAGAGGCGGCCUCGGAUGAGGAGCUGGAGGAAGGGGGUCACUUAAGUGAAAGCAUGGACCACGGCGGAGUCGGCCCAUAUGACCUCAGCAUGGAGCAUUGUGAAAAAUUUGAGAUUUCAGAAACUAGUGUGAACAGAGGUCCAGAAAAGAUACGGCCAGAGUGUUUUGAGCUGCUUCGUGUUCUUGGCAAAGGUGGCUAUGGAAAGGUUUUUCAAGUUCGAAAAGUAACAGGAGCAAAUACUGGUAAGAUAUUUGCUAUGAAGGUGCUUAAAAAGGCAAUAAUUGUACGGAAUGCAAAAGACACAGCUCACACGAAAGCAGAGCGGAACAUCUUGGAGGAAGUCAAGCAUCCGUUCAUCGUUGAUUUGAUUUAUGCCUUUCAGACUGGUGGAAAACUCUACCUCAUCCUUGAGUAUCUCAGUGGAGGCGAACUGUUCAUGCAGUUAGAGAGAGAGGGGAUAUUUAUGGAAGACACGGCCUGCUUUUACUUGGCUGAAAUCUCAAUGGCUUUGGGACACUUGCAUCAGAAGGGGAUCAUCUAUCGAGAUUUAAAGCCAGAAAACAUCAUGCUUAAUCAUCAAGGUCACGUUAAACUCACUGAUUUUGGACUGUGUAAAGAGUCCAUUCAUGAUGGAACCGUCACACAUACAUUCUGUGGAACAAUAGAAUACAUGGCCCCUGAAAUUUUAAUGAGGAGUGGACACAAUCGUGCUGUGGACUGGUGGAGCUUGGGGGCGUUAAUGUACGACAUGCUGACUGGAGCACCCCCGUUCACUGGGGAGAACCGAAAGAAAACAAUUGACAAAAUUCUCAAGUGUAAACUCAACUUGCCUCCCUACCUCACACAAGAAGCCAGAGAUCUGCUUAAAAAGCUGCUAAAGAGAAAUGCUGCCUCACGCCUAGGAGCUGGUCCUGGAGAUGCUGGAGAAGUUCAGGCUCAUCCUUUCUUCAGACACAUUAACUGGGAAGAGCUGCUGGCUCGGAAGGUGGAGCCCCCAUUUAAGCCCUUAUUGCAAUCCGAAGAGGACGUGAGCCAGUUUGACGCAAAGUUCACCCGUCAGACUCCCGUCGACAGCCCUGAUGACUCGACUCUCAGUGAAAGUGCCAACCAGGUCUUCCUGGGUUUUACGUACGUGGCUCCAUCCGUACUUGAAAGCGUAAAAGAAAAGUUUUCCUUUGAACCAAAAAUCCGAUCACCUCGCAGAUUUAUUGGCAGCCCACGGACACCGAUCAGCCCUGUAAAAUUCUCUCCCGGUGACUUCUGGGGACGAGGUACUUCCACCAGCGUGGCAAACCCUCAGACACCUGCGGAAUAUCCAAUGGAGACAGGUGGGAUUGAACAAAUGGACGUGACAGUAUGUGGAGAGGCUUCAGCUCCGCUUCCGAUCCGGCAAACCAACACCGGGCCAUAUAAAAAACAAGCCUUCCCCAUGCUUUCCAAACGACCAGAGCACUUGCGCAUGAAUCUAUGACAAAACCAAUGGCAAAUCAUUUCCAAACUUGCUUGGGCAGUGGAAGAUGAGAUGACAGACCUUCACCGGCAGACCCCUCCCAUCAGGGUGAAACAGGAGGGCUCUUGUGGCUUCUUUCUCGGAGUAGCAGUGUCGAAGCCAGUCAUGGCACAGAGUUGACUGGGAAAGAGAAGCAAAACCCCAUGGAUCUUCUUCUUUUCUUUUUUCCUUCUCUGAAUCAGUGGUGCAUAAAAAGAGAGGACCUUGAGCAAAAUGGUAUUGUAAAGCUGUAGGUGCAGCAGUUCAGAGAUCUGCAGUCUUUCAAGGGUGAUAGCUUGCAGCUGACAGUGUUGAGGGUAGGACGUUGCUGUGGCAUCGUCCUGUCAAAGGGGUAGCCCAGUUAUUAUGGGCAAGCACACACAACGCCGCCUCUGGUACUUGCCUCUGAGGAUUGAUUUGCAUGUGGGCUUCCUGCAGUGGUGUGGAAUUGAAGAUCCAGGAUAAAUUCAACCAUUGGUAUUCCACGUGCAAAAAACAAUCUAAAUGAAUCUUUUUAUAUAAAAGUAUAUUUUUCAAAUAGAUUUUUUUUCCUUUUUUCACAUUGGCUCAUUAUGGAAAAUAUCCCAACCUUGGAAAACGCAGAAUUAUUGGUUCGAUGCACAAAACAGACUUAAAUUUGUUUUGCUACUGUAACAAUGAAGUGGCUUUUUUUUUAAAAAAAAGCACUGUUAAUUAUGUUGUUGGGAUUUGGGGGGGGGAGUUAACUUGCCUACCCCUUGCUACAAGAAACGGGAUCAGGUCAUUGUCUAUGCUAAAACCUAAGCUGACGUGGAAGCCAUGCGCUCCAGUCUAAUACCUCUGGUGUUCAUGUGGUAUUCCUUAUAAGCAGGAGUCCCCCUCUGCUGACACAGAGCUCUGUGCAUACAUCAAGAGUCCCUUGGAGCUUUUGAUUGCUGUGAGCUUUUAUCGUACCGUCAUGAAAUUCAUCAUCCUAAGCAGAAACUUCGCUGGUAAAACCUCUCAACGUUAUGCUGGUUAAUAAUUUUCUCAAGAUUCCAGAACAUACUUAGAUUUAUUAAGCCAUUGGGGGAAAAGAUGUAAACACAUUGGAAAGGGGGAGGAGCAUGAACAUCACAGUGUAUCGAUUUAGUAAGAAACAAUUAUGGUAGUCUCAUAAGUAAGUGGCAACGCUUGGAGAGAUGGUUUAUUUACCACGUCUCUGCUCCAUUGUGCAUCUCCAUGAUAAAUUAACAAUAACUGUUUUUCUGCGGUGGGGCUAUCCAUCUGCUGAUUGUAUUUGAAAACUAAACAAGUAUUAAGAUGGCCUUCAAUGAAUGUCUUCCAGAGAACUUUUUGCAACUUUAAUUUUAGGAAACAGUCAAAAGAUUUACUAUUUAUGUUUCUGCGAUUGUUGUUGGAAAACAAAAAACAAUGUGUACACGUGACUUUACAGGUACAAAGAAUUAAAUAAAGGUAUCUUUACCUUAUCUUAAAAUACUUCCUGCCUUAAAGAAUUUCCGUGGAUGUAGCUGGUGAAAGGAGUUAAGAGUCUUCAGAGCUUUAUGCUAGGGCAGCGUGAGUGUGGGGGGGCCUUUGAGUAAUUGUGCAGCUGCAUAAACUCCCUGGUGCUGCUUCGUCCUCCUUGCUAGGUUCUUCUGUCUGUGCACGUUCUACUAUUGUAGGGAUAAUUUGUUUUUCUUCCUCCUGAGCCAUAGGAUCCAAGCCAUAACUCUUCUUAAAAACAAAAAUGGUCGUUAGAGGCUUCAUGCCACAAAGUAGCAUGCAGUGAAAUACUACAGAUGCGAAACUUUGUUGUAUCACCUAGGAACAUGUUAUUUUUGUUCUUCCAUGCAGUGAAAUCUUAAGUUGGCGUUUUGGUAAAAGCGGUUGCGGCAAAAUCCCAUCGAGAGCAACCGCCAAGGGGCUGAAUUGCGACAAAUCCCCGUGGUUUCAGUGGGCUUUAUCUCCAAAUAAAGCGGCCUUUGCAGUGUAGGGACUGCUUUCCCUCAUGGCACAGAAGUCACGCCACCCCAGUAAUGCUCGUAUGUCUGAAUCAUAUGGGAGAGGGGAAUUGUAUUGGCGUUGUGCUCACUAGAGCGGCUCCUCCACGACCUUGAGAGGCUACUGCUGCUGGCAGAAGUGGAAUGAUCAGAUUUUGACAUAACGGGAGAUACUGGAAUUGUGAGCGAUCUUGCAGUGGGGCAAUCCCAAAUCUCUCAGGAAGGCUUACAUUGAUCCUGAGGCCUGAUUCAGACAGGUAGUAGCAGUUUUUUCAUGGUGUGUGUGUGAGAGAGCUCCUUGUCGGGUCUAUAUGCGCACUAGCCUAAUGGCUGCAACUCCUCCUCCUCUCUGAGGAAGAAUCACCUGAAUUGCAGGAGCAUUUGCAUCCCGUACGACAUUCUCGGGGAAGGGGUACACAGAUUUCCUGCCCGCAUCUCGCCCACACCUGGGUCAUGGCUGGAUAGUGUGUGGUUGAAUGUGUCUCUCUCGCUAGUGUUUUGGGGCUUGCUGGCUUUUCAAUCUCAGUUCCUCAAAGCAGGGUAGCCUGAAAGGUGCUUUGACUCUAGCCGUCAGAAGACAUGGCACAGAUAUUUUCCCCUCUUCGGCAUUUUAAUACACUCGGAAGUGGCAGUUGCCUUCAGCUUAACCCUCAUAGAAGCAGUGUAGUCGUGACGGCUGGUGCUUCCAUAACGGUGAGAUCCCUGAAUCUGAUAAGGCCCUCUGCUGCCGAAGACUCCGCGAGUUUGUGGUUGUGGAGAAACGGUACUUAUUCUGUCCUGGCUGAGUAGAAUUUUUCCAGAGGGACUGGCUGUAUAUAAUAUAGCUGGCAGAAAAUGUGGCCAUGUGUGGUAGUUUGAAUUCACUGCUGUAUCCAGUUUGACCGUUUCAAUAUAUGUUAGUUUCAUGUUAUAGUUUCAUCCUCUUAGCUGUGAAUCCUUUUUUGAAAAUGCAACUCGGGAUGGCAAGCACACACUAUGCAAUAUGGGUUAUCCUGUAUUUAUUUGUAUAAAAGAAAAAUAUUCAAAACCAUGAUUUUUGUGUAUAUAACUAUUAGUUGACAAUAUGUACUAGCUACCGAAUUUCAAAAGGAGUGGAGUCCUCUCUUGCACAGCUAUAUCAGAAUGCUAGCCUAUGGAAUACAACAGAUACUGGACAACUGAAGUGCUUUCUUUGAAAAAAAAAAGUCUUAAUUUUCCUGGGGGGGGGCGGGGUAUAGCGAUUUAAGAUUUAUUUUGUACAAGCUGUGCUUUUUAAAUUAUAAUCUUGGGAUUUUUGCUAUAAUUUGAUUUUUAUAGAUUUUUGUACUGUAAUAUUAAAUAAAAUAACCGGGAGUAAUACUUGCUAAAGCUAACCACAUAUUAAGUAUUAAAACUUGAUUAACUUGAAUCCUGUUUUAUAUAGCCAGUUCCAUAAUGUUGAAAGUAGUCAUAAUUCUGCAGUUCACUUUGAGGAGUGAGGAAGUACAUAGAUCAGCUGGGCUGGGAUCUUUCCCACCCUUUGACAUAGACGCGGGGUAGGGUUGGGAGGUGCUCAAUCACCCUCUGUAGAACAACUGAUGCCGUUGAUCUUACUGAACUAUGUUGGGCAAAUUCCUCUCUAGGCUAUCUUUAUGUGCCAUCUGAAGGCCUGGUCCUCACAUGCAAAAUGAGGUGAUAGAAUAGAUUCCAGCUUUGGAUUUGGAAUGGAUUCCAGCUUUGAAUGACCCCUCGCUGAAAGAAACGGCAGCCCAGUGCACAGUAGGGUGAAUGGUUCUACCCUUGCCUGCCAGCAGUUGCGGAACUGGGAGCAGAAGAGCAUUCCAAAAAUAUGAUCCACCGCUUGUAGUCUGAAGAGGUGCAGUCCAUUCUACCAUCUCAUUUCCCUGCAUGUGUGAACCAGGCCCAACCUACUAGACUUCAUUGGGGUAUUACUACUUGUCACAAACUCUCCAUUUUUAACAGAGUUUGUGGUGAACAAGUUCGUGUCUAUAGUGUCAGGUGGGCUAAACCAGGCCAGAGGGGCUAUCCCCCUCCCACCUAUUCUACCUUCCACUCUCCUAACAGUCGUACGUCUUCAUGAAAUGGAGGUUGCAAAGAUAUAGUGGAGGAACAGCAGAAGCAGUGGCUGAAGAUCUGUGGAGUCACCUUUGUGGGGAUGAGGGGGUGGCAUUUUGUAGUGGCCUGUGGGCUGGUUUCAUAUACUCGCCUGGCCAGGAAUCCUGUUGGCACCCUGAAGCAAACUUGUGCAUCUCAUUAUUGUGAGUUUAUGGUUAUAUAUUUGCUUUUAUCUUUUGGGAGCUGUUUUGGGUAUGUUUAUCAUGGGAAAGUGGCGUAACAUGAUCUCGAUUCUUUCCUUCACAUGUGAGGUGCUGUGGGUACUAUAGACCAUCAACAGGGGGUGGGUUUGGGAAGGAUGGCUAGGACCAUUGUUUGGGCUUACAUAUGAGUGGGUUCUGUUUUUCCCAGAGGUCUGUCUGAUGUUCUGGCUGCGGACAUCGGGGAGAGCAAACUGCUCUGAAUCUGAGCCAGCUGUCAUGAUGACCUUGUCCUUGGUGACAAUCCCAAGCAUCCAUUCACUCAAGGGGAACCUCCCUUUGGAAGCCCCAUUGAAAAGAAUGGAAGUUGGGCUUUUGUGGUGCUCAUGAGUGAUCAUCUGUGAACUUGUAUUAAAACCAGCAUACGCACCUUCUUCUUUAGUGUACAUUCAGGGGUAAGCAGGGAAAACACGGGUUUGGGUUUCAUCUCAAGCCUAUACUUUAUCGUGAACAGUGCAAGUAUCUUUGGAAAAUAACACUUCUGCAUCAGUGUCUGAUCGUUUGGGGAAGGGUAAAAGGGAGGGGGCUGGAAAAGGGGGUGUGAAUGCAUGGGAGGUUCUCAUCUGUACCUUUUUUUAAAAAGGAAGUGUUCCUUCUGCCAGACUUGAGCUGGUUUUUGUAACCAUCUGUAAGAAUUGCUCUACAGCUGCCUUAUUGGGAAUGGUAUUGAGGGCAAAUUGCCCUUUUCUGCAUUUCAUUCUGUACUAUUUACUGUAAUGAAAUAUACUUGAUUUCAGAACGAAUGGAUGUAAAUAGCAAUUAAAUGCAACUUUGAACAAA